AUGCAUGAACUCGCUACCUCAAAAUCAGGAGGCCUUGGCCAUACCAGGACGGGCUCCCUCAGUUCAGCAAACACCAAGUUCUGCCUGGACUUCUUCAAAGAGCAGAGCAAAGUAAAAAGAAAUGAAAAUAUCUUCUUCUCCCCACUGAGCAUCUCAGCUGCCCUGAGCAUGGUCCAGCUGGGUACUUCAUAUUCAAGAGGUGCUGAGCAUGGCAAGUCCAAGAACCAAGAGCACCACUGGAAAGAGGAGAUAGCAUCUGAACUGUGUGAUAACAUUGAUCUUCGCAUGAAACGAAGCAGGGCAAGGCAGAGCUACCUGUGUGAAGAAGCCAGAGGAGCCCAUUCUCAGUUCCAGGAGCUUCUGUCUGCUCUUGGCAAAGCUGGUGCCACGUGUUCCCUCCGUGUUGCCAAUAAGCUUUUUGGAGAAGUGAGUUUUCAGUUCCUUCAGAAAAGUGAGUUCUCGCUGAUGGAUGAAACACAGAAUGAGCAAAGGAAGAUUAAAGAUCUGUUCCCUCCUGGUUCUGUUGGUCACACACCUGUGUUAGCUCUGGUCAAUGCUAUACACUUCAAAGGGCAAUGGGCUAUAAAAUUUGAGGAGAAAAACAGCAGGGAAAUGCCUUUCAGACUGAACAGGCUAGAGAGUGCUGUCACCUAUGAGAAACUAGCAGAAUGGACCAACAUGGAGAAUGUGUAUCCACAAAAAAUCAUGGUAUACUUGCCCCAGUUCAGAAAGGAGGAGAGCUGUGAGCUCAUACCAGCACUGCAGGCUCUGGGGAUGAGGGGUGGCUUCGGCCUUCAACAAGCUGAUUUCUCUGGGCUGUCAAGAGAGCCUGGGCUGUUCCUCUCCAAGGCCAUUCACAAGUUCUUUGUGGAAGUUAAUGAAGAAGGCACCAAGGCAGCUGCUACAGGGGUGACUAUAAUACUGUUGUGCUUCCACAUUCCUUACGAGUUCAGAACUGACCACCUGUUCCUCUUCUCAAUCAAACACAAUCCGAGCAAGAACAUUAUCUUCUCUGGCCAAUGUUGUUCCCCCUAA